UUCAUUUUGCACUGCUAUUGACUUUGCCUUUUGCCAUUUCAUUCGCUCACAGCCACAAAAAAAUCAGGUCCUACACUCCUACUACAUGUGGUUCCACUCCUCUAACUCCAUCCAUCCACUCUUGAAACUGCAAAUGUGUAUCUCUUGAAGCCUAAAAAUCUCAGUAUAUCGCUGCCCAUGUGGCACCCUCCAAUAGCAUUUCACCCUUACCCUAUCCUCUUAUCCUCCAUCUUUUCUCACUCACUCCAUAGCCAACCAACUUAACUCCUCUUUCCCUACCUUAGCUCAAAAGACACAAUUUCCUCUCUCCGUCCACUAUUUCCCACCCAUCACAGAUCCCAGUAGUGGGUUUUGUUCGUGUUUUGGCUUCAACCAUGGCAGCCUCACUUCAAGCUGCAGCAACUCUGAUGCAACCCACCAAGGUGGGAAGGAACUCCUCCUCCAACAAUACCUUCCUCCAAUUGAGGUCUUCCCAAAAUGUGUCCAAGGCUUUUGGCUUGGAGCCAGCUGCCUCUGCUAGAGUCACCUGCUCUCUUCAAUCUGACCUCAAGGAGUUGGCCCAGAAGUGUGUCGAUGCCACCAAGCUUGCUGGCUUUGCUCUUGCCACCUCUGCUCUUGUUGUCUCGGGAGCUGGAGCAGAAGGCGCGCCGAAGAGGCUAACCUUCGACGAGAUCCAGAGCAAGACCUACAUGGAAGUGAAAGGCACAGGGACAGCCAACCAAUGCCCCACCAUCGACGGCGGAUCCGACGCCUUCUCCUUCAAAGCAGGGAAAUACCAGGCCAAGAAAUUCUGCCUCGAGCCGACUUCCUUCACCGUGAAAGCCGAAGGAAUCAGCAAGAACUCCCCUGCAGAAUUCCAAAACACCAAGCUCAUGACCAGGCUCACCUACACCUUAGACGAAAUGGAAGGCCCCUUCGAGGUCUCCCCUGACGGCACCGUGAAAUUCGAGGAGAAAGACGGCAUCGACUACGCUGCCGUCACCGUCCAGCUCCCCGGAGGCGAGAGGGUCCCCUUUCUCUUCACGGUGAAGCAGCUGGUGGCUUCGGGGAAGCCGGAGAGCUUCAGUGGGGAGUUUUUGGUGCCGAGCUACAGAGGUUCUUCGUUCUUGGACCCGAAGGGCAGAGGUGGGUCGCAGGGGUAUGACAAUGCGGUGGCGCUGCCCGCCGGCGGGAGAGGAGAUGAGGAGGAGCUGGCGAAGGAGAAUGUCAAGAACGCGGCGGCGUCGAAAGGGAAGAUUACCCUGAGUGUGACCAAGAGCAAGCCGGAGACAGGGGAGGUGAUCGGGGUUUUCGAGAGCGUUCAGCCGUCGGACACCGACUUGGGCGCCAAGGCGCCCAAGGAUGUGAAGAUUCAGGGGGUUUGGUAUGCUCAGCUUGAUUAAGUAGAGGGAGAGAGAGGUUGAUGAUGAUGGUGGGAAUGUUUGAAAACAGAGACUGCUCUGUUUUUUUUCUUCUUCUUUAUGUGUCGUUUUCGUUUUGUAUAUUAAAACUUGCCGUCGAGGUUUCAGAAGUAAGUGACCGAUAUGCCUAAAGUUUCCUAAUUUACGAAAGGUGAUCUAAAAUGGCAAAUGGGGAAGUGAAGUAGGGCUAAAUCGACGAUUCAUGGCACACAAUAUGACGGGCCUUUGUUUGCGGAUGGUGUUCUGCACGAGGAUGAUAUGUAAGACUCGAUUUAGUAAAUCCAAUUGAGUUGAAUCAAACUUCUAGACUUUUCAAAUUUGAAGGGUUGCUA